UCUACUUCACAUUUCACACAUAGCCAGACAGGUUCGUUUUAUUACAUAACUUCAGUUUUAUUAACAGCUGAAUAUAUAUUUAAAUCUCUAUUUAAGAUAUGUGUUCCGCAUUAAUGUUUUCAAUCUUGUUUAAUUUUGGGCGUGGCUAAUUCAGUCUUCUUCACUGUCAGCUUCAAGAUUAAGGUAACAGUUAUACAAAGGGCACAUGUUAUCAUUUGCAGAGUGUCCUCCAUGAAUGCAAUUGAACUUGAUGUAUGUAACAGUUAACAACGAUCUCCUCAACAGUUACAUUUUGUCAUUGUCACUCUCCUUAACUUGUGUCUUCUAUAUGCUUGUCGCAUAUAAUUAUUGUAGCUGGUUCAUGUGAUGAAUAGAGUCAUGGAGUCUCAGGCUGAGGUAGGCAGUUCAUCCAAAAGAGUUGCGUCCAGGAGACUUUCUAUGACAAAGAAAAAGAGGUCCAACACAAGCAAAGAGAGACUAGAUAAAGGUUCGAUAACUUCAUUUUUCAGUAAUACACCCCCAUGUAAACUGGCCUGCCCUCUGUGUGCUAAACUUGUACCUCGAUACAAAAUCAAUGAACACAUAGACUCCCAGUGCCAGAAGUUUCUUGGAGAGGACCAGGAGGACGCAUCGCGUGUCAGUGAAAACAAGCAGGAGGAACUGAUCGAAACACCCUCUAACAGCAAGGUUAGACAAAAUGAGAGGAUAGACUUAAAGGAGAAUCCAGCUGAAACAAGCCCAUAUUUUAAAAAUAACUGUGUGCUAAAGCAAGAUUCAUCUGAAACUAAUUUGCAUGUUAAGACCAACACGGUUGGUCUUGGAAGCUUGUCUUCUAAACUGUCAAGAAGAGCACCUAGGCUUCCAAGCACCUCGGGUGUCUCUGCAGAUGAUAAGGCCAAUAAUGGGGAGUUAAGCAGUUCACAGAAAGAAAACAUGACUUUUGAAUCAGUAUCCUGUGUCUUGGAGACCGGUAACAGUUUCCCACCUGGACCUGUAGCUUCUAACCAACUUCAAGAACAAUGUAUUGAGAAAUCUGUGGCAGUUCUGGCAGAAACAUCAACCAGUAGUGUUGCCUGUCAUUCAGUGAAAUCUCCGCCCAGAGUACUGAAGAGGAGAUCUGACGAGGCUCUGAAAUGUGACACAAACAGUUCAGAAACUGUCGCUGUCCACAAGAAAAGUAGAUUUAUUCAAAAUAAAGCGAUUCAAACGGAAAAGGAGACCACUCACAAUGAUACUGAAUCUGAUAUGACGGCUAGUAUUCAACCAAAGGAUGAGGCCGAAAUGCUUAGCAAAGUCACUGAGGGUUCAGAGAAUCGAAGCACCAGGCAACCAUAUUACCUGCAGAAUUUUCGGACUGUCCUGGAGUCCGUGUUGGAGAACGAGGAUGAUCGGACGCUUUUUAAUGAAGAUGACUUCUCAUCCAUUCACACUUUUCAGAAACUAUCAGCACCCAGUCAAAUGCUUUAUGUACGUCUGUUCCAAAGGAAACUGAAAUGGCUUCAGGUCAAUAAAGUGGAAUACACAGAGAUCAGUUCAGACCUCGGCCCUGUCAUUCAAGAGCUGGUUGCUUGUGGCUUCUUGCAAACAGAAUCAGAGCUUCAUGACAUCCAUGAAGUCUUGGAUUUGCUGCCUGCGCCGGAGCUCAGAAACCUGGCCAAAACUUUCCACCUUGGGCGUGGAGGGAACGGGACCCAAAAACAGCAGUUGGUAGAGGGACUUCUUCAGCUGGGGAAGCGACGGUCAUUGUUUGCUGGUCAAAACAACACGGCUGCUGUCAUACUCAAGAGGGCCAAAGAAGCAGCAGGCUCCUGUGUGCGUCUCUGUCGCAGAUCUCGAGCUGUGUUCUCCCGUCUGUUGCUUCUCUUUUCCCUAACAGACACUUUGGAGGAGGAGGAGAUGGGCGCUGGGGGUCAGGGGCAGCUCUACACUAUUCUACUUGUUAACUCUGGCCGCCUUGCUUUCCCUGACUACACUGUGAAUCGUUCAGCCAGGCUGUUUCAGGACAGAGAUGACCUCAUCAGGUAUGAAAUGGCGAUGCGUGCACUGCAGGAAGUUAUUGCUGCGAUGCAGGCAGGCAAUUGGGAAGACGCCCAAAGUCUCUAUACUGCAGCUAAAACCACCUGGCAAGAGAUUAAAGACACCUGUGAUUUAAGUUGUCAAGAGGCACUGCCUGUUUUCCUGCGAUGUUUCACUGUUGGUUGGACAUAUACUCGAAUACUGUCUCGUGGAGUUGAGAUUUUGCAAAGACUUCGAUGCUAUGAGGAGGCUGUGGAGGAACUCAGGCGUCUUCUGUCUCAGUCGGUUUAUUGUGUAGACAGCAGGGGGCGAUGGUGGGACAGGCUCGCUCUUAAUCUCCAACAGCACCUCAAACAACAUGAGCAGGCCAUCUAUGCCAUUCGGGAUGGACUCAAUGACCCGCUAGUUCGAACUGGUCAUCAGUUGUCGCUUUAUCAACGGGCUUCUCGAAUGAAAGAAUCUGCAAGCUUUAAGAAGUAUCGUCUGCUGCUAAGAGAUCUGCCCACGGUCCACGUGCAAGAUGUCUGUCAUGUGACGAUACGAGGACAGCUUUUUCCUCAUGAGGGUGGAAUGGGUAAAUCAGUCUUCCUCAUAGCAGCCAACGAGGACGACGGCUCCAGAACCGAAAGAGACACCAUGGUCAUGUGCUCUGUUGAGGAUCUUGCUUUGGCACACUACAGAACUCUGGGUUUUGAUCAAGGUAUUCACGGAGAAGGCUCUACAUUUUCCGCUCUGUUUGGACUCCUCAUGUGGGACAUUAUCUUCAUGGAUGGGGUUCCCGAUGUCUUCCGAAACCCCUACCAGAGUUGUCCUUUGGAUUUGCACACUGAUUGUUUCUAUGGUAACCGGCGGGAAGCCAUCGAGUCUCGCGCUGAGAUGUUGCGCGAGGCAUCUGAGGAGACGCUGCAGGAAUUGAUCGCUGAUGUGUGGAACGGCCAGGAGGGGAAAGUGUGUGCGGUGAUAAACUGGGAACUCUUCUCCUCUCUACAGCAGGCACAAAGUCUGGUGGCAUGUCUAGGUGGUCAUUUCUUAAGCGGCGUGGUCCUCAGAAUGGGAAAAGACUACAGGCACUGCAGAGCAGGACUUCCAGAUCUGUUAGUCUGGAAUACUUCCAACAGAAAGUACAAGCUGGUGGAAGUGAAGGGCCCUAAUGAUCGUCUCUCCCAGAAGCAACAGAUCUGGCUGGAUGAGCUCUGUAAACUUGGUGCAGAUGUUGAAGUAUGUCACGUCACUGCCACUGGAGCACGAGGAGCUCGGGUGGAAUGAAGAUGCUCUCACACUAUGAAAUUAAGACUAUUGUGGCUCACCAAGCAAACAAACGGCGAAAUGUCUCAAAUGCACACAAGUUUGAUGAUUUUAUUUAAACUUUUGUUUGGCAUCAGCUCUGGUGAUCUGAAAGAAAGAGUAUUUAUAAGAAUAUAACCGAGUUUUAAAAAAACGGUGUUGUUCUCUACAUCUAAACCCUAAAAAAGGCUCCUUGAUCUCAAAUGACCUCAUGGUAUUAAGUUCACUAAUUUUAUUGAUGCCUAUUAAAAUGUGAUGUUUUAUAAAAAUAAAUAAUAAUGCCAUUA